ACUAUGUGGCCGGUUGUAAAAGAACAAAGUAACCCCUACAUAACAUUAACAGAGUUACCUCUAUAACACUAACAAAUUAAACCCAUAAUAAUCGAUCACACGGUGUGAGCAUGUGGUCAGUCACGUAUGAAAAUUUGUGUUGGGAUAAAGAAGAGGUUAUUCAAUUUCAUUUUUGUUUCAACUAAAAUGUAAAUAAAAAAUACUUCCUAUAAACUAGUAAAACUUGAAUUUUUACCAUUUGAAACAGAGAGGUCGGGUGAAACUAAAAGUCUAAGUGAAGCAGUUAACUGAGAAGUGAGUUUGGAAGAUGAACGGAGGAAAAGAAGCAAAAUUAUGGCCGGCGAUAGGAAUCGAUCUCGGAACCACUUACACAUGCGUCGGAGCAUGGUCCCCACAACAAGACCGCGUUGAGAUAAUCACCAAUGAAUUAGGCAACCGUACGACGCCGUCUUGGGUCGCAUUCAACGAUACGCAGCGUCUCGUUGGCGAGGCUGCCACCAACCAAGCCGGGAAUAAUCCUACCAACACCAUUUUUGAUGCUAAGAGGCUUAUAGGUAGAAAAUUCAGCGAUGAAAUGGUACAAAAAGACAUUAAGCUCUGGCCAUUCGAAGUGAUUCCUACUGCUGAUGGAGAGGAUUUCAAGAAGCUUAUAAUUGUAGUUACUUACAAGGGUGAAGAGAAACAAUUUGCUCCAGAGGAGAUAUCCUCAAUGCUUCUCAUGAAGAUGAAACAGAUAUCAGAGGCGUAUCUUGGUUCAGAAGUUAAGAAUGCUGUUGUUACUGUUCCUGCCUACUUCAAUGAUGCCCAGCGGCAAGCAACUAAAGAUGCUGGUGUCAUUGCUGGCCUGAAUGUUAUGAGGAUAAUUAAUGAGCCAACCGCAGCUGCCAUUGCAUAUGGUCUUGAUAGGCAAGGUACUAGCAGUGAUGUGACAAAGAAUAUUUUGGUUUUUGACCUUGGUGGUGGAACUUUUGAUGUCUCUUUGGUCGCAAUCAAGAAGGGUGUUUUCGAAGUAAAAGCUGUUAGUGGGGAUACCCACCUUGGUGGAAGAGAUUUUGACAAUCGAUUGUUAAGCCAUUUUAUUGCUGAGUUUGAGAGGAAACACAAGAAAGAUUUAAGUGACAAUCGUAGGGCUGUUGGAAGGCUGAGAGCUGCUUGUGAGAAGGCUAAGAGACUCCUUUCUUCAACUACAGAGACUACUAUUGAGAUUGAUUGCCUUUUUGAGGCAGUAGAUUUCUCUUGUAGCAUUACUCGUGCCCGAUUUGAAAAGAUGAAUAUGGAUUUGUUCCAAGAUUGUAUGUUACCUGUUCAAAUGUGUUUGAGAGAUGCCAAGAUGGAAAAGAGUGAAAUUCAUGAUGUUGUUCUUGUGGGUGGGUCAACCCGAAUACCAAAGAUUCAGCAAUUGUUGCAAGAUUUUUUCGAUGGAAAGGAGCUUUGUAAAAGUAUUAACCCAGAUGAGGCCGUGGCGUGUGGAGCUGCUUUUCACGCUGCAAUCUUGGCUGGUGUAGGUAGUAAUAAGAACUCUGUGCUUGUGGAUGUUACUCCUCUGUCCCUUGGUAUGCAAUUAUACUUUGGUAACAUGAAAGUAAUAAUUCCUCGGAAUACGUCAGUCCCAACGAAGAUGAUCAGCAGAGUUAGUACUGCGGUUGACUACCAGAAAACUGUACAAUUUCCAGUAUAUGAGGGUGAGAGACCCAUUGCUAAUGAAAACAACUUAUUGGGCCAAUUUUCUCUGCAUAUCCCUCCAGCACCUCAAGGCGUCCCUCAGUUUGAUGUCUGUUUCAACAUUGAUGUUGAUGGCAUUUUAACUGUGUCUGCAGAGCUUGUUGGCACAAACAACAAGGACCAAAUCACCAUCGCCAAUCACAGUGGGAGGUUAUCAAAGGAAUCGAUUGGCAAGAUGAUGAAGUCUGCCCAAAAGUAUAAGGCUGAGGAUGAGGAGCGCAAGAAGGCAGCCAUGGUUAAAAACAAGUUGGAGAAUUAUAUAUACGAGGUUAAGGGAACCUUAAGAGGUAGUGGAACGAAGAUGAAUAACAAGGACAAGAGAAAAGUGGGUGAUGCCAUUGAGAAGAUAACCCAGUGGCUGGAGUGGAACUAUUUGCUUGCUGAAGCUGUCAAGUUUGAGGAGAAAAUAGAAGAACUUAAAAGCAUCUGCAAACCUAUGUUCGCAAAGAUGCACCAGCAGGAGGAUGGUACUCCUAAGGCUACCCGUGGUUGCUCCAAGAUUGAGAUUAUAGAACUCGAUUAAGCUUUAAUCAUAUAGCGAACCUGAUCACAACUAUUUUGUCAUUAGUCUUUUAGUACAAGUGAUCCAUUAGGCAGAUAUGAAUAUGGCUGUUGAUUUUAUCAGCAAGUGCCUGUACAGAAUGUUCCCACCUGAGUACUUGCAGUUCUCAUGUAUGCCUUGCUUUGCUAUGAUAUGCUUGCUCAUUUUUUGAGCUUGCACCCUGAUUUAGAGGCUGUUUGCUUACA